AUGACGAUUUGUGGGAAGAUUUGUCGUUGUAUAAGUUUAUUGAUCGUACAAACACACAUGUCAUGUUGCAUGCUAGCUUGUUACUCUGACCAGCAACAUACUAUCAACAACCAAUCACUCACCUACUUGAACGUUACGGUCCUGGACAAUUGUUCCGCGGGCACACAUACUCUUUCCGCAAAGGACAAUGAUAUAGAAUCACUCACCGAAGCGUCGUUCAGGAUUUCAGAUUUGUGUAAGUUUUAUUAUCUCGGUCUGAUUUCUUUGACUAAUAAUAAUAUAAACACUAUUGGAAAAAAGACAUUUUCUUGCUUUCCAAGACUGACGAAACUGGAUUUGAGUUAUAACAAGUUAACCACCCUUGUUGAAGGUGUAUUUGAUAAUUUGAUAUUUCUAGAAGUGUUGGACCUCUCCUACAACUCAAUACGUCACAUAGACACCUCAGUCUUUGGACGCGAUAGAUUGACGUAUUUAAAUCACGUUUACUUGCAGAAUAACGACCUUCAUGAAAUGGAGCCAUGGCCAUACGUAUUGAAUAGUAUCAGGUUUUUCGAUAUUCGAAAUAACAGUAUUUCACGCUUCAGUAACAACAUGGGAUGGACAUAUGAUCUAAGGGAACCGUUCCUCACUAUUGUCGACAUGAGAUAUAACAAUUUGACCGAUUGGAGAGAUGAAUACCUGCUCCAAUACCAUCCACAAGGCGAUGUUAGCGUCGAUCUCAUUACGUACAACAUGGAUCUCCGAGACAAUCCAUGGAAAUGUGAUUGUUACGUGCAUAACAUCGUGAGUAGAUUUCAAAGUUCAUUCUUUCUGCACAUACCGAAUGACCCAAUCAACCUUCCGUGUGAAACACCAUAUCAACUCCAUAAUGAGCUGAUGCUUUAUGUACCACGAUUAAAUGAUUUGGUGUGCAAUGUCACAAUGGAUUGCCCUGAACAUUGCAUUUGUCAGCAACAGCCAGAAAAUCAAAUUUUGACAGUCGAUUGCAGCGGACAAGGGUUAAAGUCAAUGCCUCAAACAUUGCCUCCUUUACCGACUAACUAUACUUACGUUUUGAAUGUUAGCUUCAACAGCAUCACCGAGGUAACAUGGCGGAAGUACACAGAAAAGAUCCAGACGCUUGACUUGCAAGGGAAUGGACUACAAACGAUAGAACCAUUAGCAAUCCGUGAGACGCCAAAUUUAAAAUUUAUGGAUCUAAAAAACAAUAAUCUUAAAUCUCUACCUAACACGAUGCAGAAGAUAGUCUUUGAAAUGACAAAUUUAAGUAAUAACCCUUUCGUCUGUGAUUGUGAUAUGAUUUGGAUGGGGGGCUGGAUAAAACGGUCACCUGUAUUCACCUUUGGACGUGACAUGAAAUGCACAUUCAAUGAAGAACAGUACCUUAUCACGGAAGUAUCGAAUGAUCUCCUUAAUUGUUCAAAAUAUUUAGCUAUAGGACUAGCGAUAGGAUUUGGUAUAUUGUUGGUUGUUGUUACCAUUGUAGUGGUGUGGGCGAAACGUUGUCCAUACGAAACAAAGGUUGUGCUGUUUAAAUACUUUGGGUUUCAUCCUCGUGAUAAAUAUAUCGUUGACAGAGAGGCUGAAACAGACUAUGAUGUUUAUGUGUCUUUUGAUGACGAAAAUAUACAUAUUAGACAAUGGGUAUUGAUGAAACUGGCCGCCAAACUUGAGCCUACUUAUAAAAUGUUCAUUCCCAUACGUGAUUUACCUGUAGGAACCGACAGGGGAGAUGAAACAAUAAAAAGCCUUGAGCGGAGCAAGCGGAUAAUUAUCCUCCUGUCAGACGGGUACGAGCAACAUGGCUGGUGCGCGUUUGAGUGUCAGAGAGCAGAAAUUCUAGACUUUAGCGAAGGAAGGAUAAUUUACAUCAAAUAUCACGAUAGUGUUAUGGAAAUCCUAAAUCAGGACCCAUGGAAAACGAGAUUAAAUGAUAGGAAAGUAUUUUCUCCCAGUGGAAAUAAAUCUGACAGACGUUGGUUUUGGGAUAAACUAAAGUAUGAACUGCCAGUAGUGUUACAAAAAGACAGAAAGUAUUGUUUUUAUGCUUAA